AUGGCCAUGCCGAAAAUGUGCUCUAUUUAUAUUUUUUCGAUAUUAUUUGUUAUGGUUAAUACACAAAGUGUAAAUGAAACACAUAGUGAAGGGUUGCAAGGAAAAGUAGAUGAAAUGGAGACACCACCUAUAGCUUACCCAACGUCUUUGGCAUUUCUCUUCAUAUUCCUAACACUUUUAGUUGGUGUAAUAGUCAGAGCUGUCAUGCUGAUAACCACAAUGUGUAUACCAUAUAGAGUGGUAAUGUUCAUAUUUGGGGGCUUUCUUGGAUUUUUUGCCCAUAAAUAUCCGGCCUUCAAACCGUUUGUUACGAUUUGCUACAUAGACGUAGAUUUGUUGCUGACGGUUUUCCUGCCGAUCAUACUAUUUUUCACGUCUUAUAGCGUUGAUUCUCACUCAUUUUGGAAGAGUUUUCCUCAAAUUUUAAUGGUUGGCGUUGCAGGAGUGCUGCUCACAGCUCUUAUGGCAGCCUUCAUGGCAUAUUAUUUGAUUGAAUCGUCAUGGAAUUUUACCACUGCUCUCCUGUUUGGUAUCGUCUGUUCGCCUAUAUAUCCCGUUGAAAUCGUUACGCAGUUAAAAGAACUUACCAAGGGUAAAAAUAUCAGUGUGCUACUACUGGGAGAGGGUUUAAUAGGUGAUGCAACUGUUAUGAUCGAGUUUACAGCAGUACUUGGAUAUCUAGCGUCGGCUCUUACUGAUGCAUCUCAAAUUUCUUUAAUGUUGAUACGAUUCGCGGGGGGUGGAGUGAUACUGGGCUUGGUUAUGGGAAAGAUUACAUCCGGAUUGCUAUCUCUUACAUAUUACGAUUUGUUAUGCUGUGUUACUCUGACGUUGGCUGGUGCUUACUUGACGUAUUAUAUAGGUGAGAAAUUCUUUUACGUAUCGGGCUUGUUGGGGACUGUUAUUGCGGGAGUGAUGGUGAGCACGACGAAGUCAACAGUUUCCGCGGAAGUGGAGCAAAUUGUGUCACACUUUUGGAGGAUUCUAUCGCAUAUAGCGAAUACAUUGUUGUUUACGAUCGUUGGAGUGGUCAUAUUUGAAAAGUUGUGCUAUGUUGUAACUGUGAGACAAGUGGCGUUGGUGUUUGUGACUUAUACUACAGUGUAUGCGUCGAGGUUAUUGGUGUAUGCGGCUAUGACUCCUAUAUUGAGGACCAUAGGAUAUGGAAUGUCCUGGCAGCAUGCGAUGGCCUGUGUUUGGGGUGGCCUACGCGGACCAUUAUCUCUUUGUUUGGCUCUGAUUGUUCUUGAAACACCGUUGACUGCGGAUGUUGGGGAGGUCUUCAUAAUCCAAACAGCUGGGCUUGUUUUGCUAUCUCUUCUCAUAAAUGCAACCACGAUUAGCAAAGUCUUGAAGAUUCUAGGCCUAGCCGAAAUAUCCCUUGCCAAAAAGGCCAAUAUGACGAACUGUGUAAAACGCGUCAUGAUGACGAGGGAUCGAUGUAUUUCAAUGUUGAAGAUGGAUAAGUUCCUUGCUGAUGCUAACUGGGACCUGGUGCAGGCUAAUACAACAAUAAAACACCCAUACCAGCUGCAAAUGUCUGGCCGUGAUGAAGAUAGUGAUGACGAAACGUAUAUGGGAUAUCAUUACACCACUUGUCCUGAUUGCGAGAGAGAGAUACCCAACGAGCCCACGAAGAAGGAGAUAGCGGAAAUGAUGAGGGAAGCUAAUCAAAGGGUGCUAAAAGCCCUCAAAAUAUCCUACUGGCGUCAGUAUGAGCACGGUAAAAUAAGCAAAGACGGGGUGAGGACGUUGGUUCAAGCUGUGGAAGUGGCUGCGGACUCAGAUAAUGGGAAGAUUAAUUUGGAGCAAUUGGGGACUCUGUGGAAGCCAAAGGCUCACGCGGUCUGGCUUCGUCGUAAACUGGUAGAUAUGAUGAUGCCAGACGCAGCCAACGCCCAGGUACCACGACAUCCCUGGCGGCAGUAUUGCUAUCGCAUCGUUAGCAACAUUUGGUUCGAUGGUUUCAUAUACAUAAUGAUAUUAUGUAAUACACCAGUUAUAUUAUGUGAAGUCGCUUUGAGGGGACCAGUGAGACGUGAAGUGACUAUUGCUAUUAAAUCCUUAAAUUUGUAAGUAAUUUACUUUUGUAAGAGAGAUAAUAUGGUUUAGUUUUUCGUCACCUAAAAUCAUAUAGAGAAUUACCACUGAAUAAAUUUUAAACUCUUGUUAAACGUAAAUUAAUCAAUAAAGCUUU